AUGUCAAAACCAUUCGUUCCGACUCCAAACAUAUCCAGACCCGGUACACCAAGUAAUUCAUUUGGUAAAGAUGAUAACAAUCCCAAUGCGAUGUUGAUGAACAACCUAGGUGCGGAGAGGGAGAGAGAAGGUAGGGAAAGAAGAGAAGAGAGGAAAGAUGUCUUAUCUGGCAAAGAACAAGCCUUCCCAAUCUUAUCUUAUUGCGCUGCUAGUAUCAUGAUGACCGUAGUGAACAAAUACGUCGUAUCAGGUGCAAACUUCACAAUGACAUUCUUGCUUCUCGCUAUCCAAUCUGCCGUUUGUGUAUUGGCAGUAUACUCUGUGAAAAGAUUCGGCGUCAUUACAUUCCGUGAUUUCGACAUGAAAGAUGCUAAAGCUUGGUGGCCUAUCUCAUCUUUACUCGUCGCGGUCAUUUAUACUGGAUCAAAGAGUUUGCAAUUCUUGUCUAUCCCUGUUUACACUAUCUUCAAGAAUCUUACUAUCAUCCUGAUCGCAUAUGGAGAAGUAUUCAUGUUCAAUGGAAAUGUAACUGGACUAACACUUUGUUCAUUUGCCUUGAUGGUCGGAUCGUCUAUCAUCGCCGCAUGGGCAGAUAUCUCUUCUACAUGGAGUAAUCCUCCUGAACUAGAUCCUACUGUUGGUCUAGAAAUUGUCGCUGGACCUAUAUCAACUAUUGGAGGGUUGAAUGCAGGAUACGUGUGGAUGGCUGCUAAUUGUUUGGCUUCUGCCGCUUAUGUCCUAUUCAUGAGAAAGCGAAUCAAGGUUACCGGGUUCAAAGAUUGGGACUCAAUGUUCUACAACAAUUUACUUUCCAUCCCGAUCUUAGUGGUCUUUUCAUUGAUUGUUGAAGAUUGGGGAACUGAAUCACUUCAACUUAAUUUUCCUGCAUCCAAUCGAGUCAUCCUCUUAUCAGCCAUCGCCUUCUCAGGAGCAGCUGCGGUGUUCAUCUCAUACUCCACUGCGUGGUGUGUUCGAGUAUGUGGAUCAACGACAUACUCAAUGGUUGGCGCCUUGAACAAACUUCCAGUAGCAGCAUCAGGAAUGUUAUUCUUCGGUGAUCAAGCUAGUUUUGGUAACGUCUCUGCUAUAGGUGUAGGUGGAUUAGCAGGUAUAGUGUACGCCGUGGCGAAAACAAAUCAAGCAAAGAUUGAUCAAGCUAAUAAAGCUAGAGGUGCAACUGGAGGAAGAGCGUAA